CGUUCCAUUUGCAGUGUCGUUCUUCUUCUUGUUGUUUCUCUCACGCUCGUUUGCCUGCUCGUUUUAUCGCCGGGAACGAUGACCGAUUGAUCGUAUCCUCGUUAAGGUUCUUCGAUUAUUUGCUCGCGGACCUCGAAUCUGUGCUGAUUCGACUUUUUAGCGCGCUGGCAGGGGGAAGUGAAACUCCUUUGAAUUGUGUUGUUCUUAGGUUGCAUAUCGAUUAAAGAUUCAUAUUUCGAACUUUUAAUUAGGAAGAUAUUCAAAAGUAGUAUAAGUGAUUAUACGAGUUUUUUCAAAAUUGACGAAGAUUUAAGAAUUGUCCAAGUUUCUUUGAGACUUCUGGAAGAAAGUCUAUUUUGUAUUCGAGUAGCUCGCCUGGUUCUAUACAAAGAAAUUGGAAAAAGAGGUCAAGAAUCCUCCAAUUAGUUACUCCUUUGUGAAACUAGGCGAUAGAAUCGUCUUUUUGAUCACUUAAAAUCGAUUACCUCUUUUAUCGCUGACUUACCAACUUUGCUAUCGGGAACAUUAAUUGGGGUUUAGGGUACAACUUUCAGGUGAUGCAUCAAAUUUCUUUUCAUCUUUAUCGUUAUACUUUAUUAAAGUAUAGAACAAUUGAUGUUAAAAGUGUCCACGUAUCUAAAUUUUCAAACUAAACUCGUUGCUAAUUGUUGAGUGAACAUAAUUGGGGCAGUCGAUACGUCUGGAACAACUGGAUCCCGCAUCGGAACGUGUCAGCGGAGCGUAUCUGUUUCAUCUGUCUCAGGGAGAGACAAUGAACCACCGGGUGCAGUAGAGGGUUAGAAGGUGCGAAUCAACCGCAGAGGUGGUUCUAGCCGGUGUAACCGGUCUCGGCGGUACUCCCAGGCUUCUCCGUUUCAGAAGGCCUCGUCCUGGUCAGAAUCGCGGGGCCGACAACCGGGUCGGUCGUUCGCUGUUUUCUUUCGCCGGGCCAGCGGGAAAAAGAGUAGGAAACGGAGGGGGAAACGUGUCGGAUUAUCCGUAGCUGGCCGAUCGGACCUAGAAAGUCGUCUCUUCUAAGGUUUCCACGUCGACCAGAGGAAGCCAGGCCGUGGACUGCGGCGUCGAUCGGCAGAGCGAGACACAAAACAAGCUGAACCCGCGUCGUCGCUCAUCCUCCGAGGAUUCGAGCUCUCCUUGUUGCUCCGUCUCUGCCCCUUCUUCCACCUCUGACCGAGGAUGGAUCGAAACGAGAGCGCAAACGAGGGUGGAAGCUCGCCCGACACGGUGAUAGCCCGCUCCUCCGAGGGCGAAGCCGAACAGGAGGAAGAAGAGGAUCGCGGCAAGCACGGUUGUACCACCUCCGGGGAGUACGUGACCGUGGGCGACAGCAGUUCCAGUCUGGACACCCUGACCAGCUCGACACCUGCCGGAACAGCGCCCUCCGCGGAUAACACGACCCUCGCCGACGACAAGAAGAGGGGAAGAUUCGGCGCGUUGAAGAGCAGCUUCCGAAAGGAGGGCGGCUUGUUCAAGAUCAGGAAGAAGAACAGGUCCAACGACGACGCGCUAGCCGAACUGGAGCCGGAUGCCGACGAAAAAGAAGCGGGCCGCAAACGGAGCCCGGAAGAGGAGGACGAACGGAAGGGUGGCACGGUAACGAGCUCGAAGAAGAAGAAGAAGAAGUCGCAUUCGUUGGUGCGGAAGCUGAGCCUGAACAAAUUUCGUCUAUCGGCCGAACAGGAGCCCAGACACACGCCCGAAGGUGGCGACAGCAGCCGAUCGCAGAGCCAAUCGUCGCAAGAGUCGCCUAGCCUGUCGGACAGCCCGUCCAGGAUCACCAGGAAGGGGCAGGAGAUCGAAAGGCUUGGCCAUCGCGACGGCUUCGAGGCUGUCACGCGAGACAUCAAGGAGAGGGAAAGAGAGAAGGGAGAGACUAGGAAAUCGGAGAAGCUGCCGGUGAAACCGGUGAGCACCGUGACCGUAGUGCAGCGCAGGUCGCCGUCGUUGACCAUCAGGAGCUUUUCCAACAUUCAACCUGAUCUUCAGGGCGUCGAGAAGUCAGCACGGCCGGAAGCUCGGUGCAGCUCAACGCUUCCGUACGCGAUUUCGAAAUGGCCGGAGCAGAAGAACGGAAAAUCGAGCGAAUCUAGGAAAUCGAAAUUGAACGCAAAGUCCGAGUCCGAAUCGGGGAUAUCGAAGUCGUCGCCGCACGAGGUCCGCCGGAAGUUGUCGUUGCUGGAGGAGAAACGCGCUAUCUUCCAACGACGGUUGUUCGAGACGACCCGGGACAGCGAUUCCGGUGAAACGGUGGUGGCUGUCACCGUGUCCGACGAGGACAGGUCGACGCCUACGAAAAAGGAGGAGAAACACGAAGAGGCUGGGAAGAAGAGAGCCAGACACAUAAGCGUGGGGAAGUUUGACACGUUUUCCACGUUCGAGGGCACUUUCGACGAGGAAACCGGGGUUGGUUACCUGGCUGGUAUCGAGGAGGAUUACACAGAGAGCUACGACAGACAAAACGACGGUUACGCGAGUAUUCCGACCGCCAUGGGACCCAUGGUGGCCACGGGAGACACCGUGGAGAAGGCGAAGAUCGCCAGCCAGGAGAGCAUGUCGUCACAGAACAAUGCACCGAAUGCCGGAGUAGGCGAGAAACGAGAACACUUGUAUAAAAUCCUAGUAAUCGGCGAGCUGGGUGCCGGAAAGACAUCAAUCAUCAAGAGAUACGUUCACCAAUUCUUCUCCCAGCAUUAUCGCGCAACUAUCGGUGUCGAUUUCGCGCUCAAAGUGUUGAACUGGGACCCACACACCAUUAUAAGGCUGCAGCUAUGGGAUAUCGCAGGUCAAGAAAGGUUCGGGAACAUGACCAGAGUGUACUACAAGGAAGCCGUAGGCGCUUUCAUAGUGUUCGACGUAACGAGAAGCGCAACCCUCGACGCGGUGGUCAAAUGGAAACAGGAUUUGGACUCGAAAGUGCAGCUUCCUGACGGUUCACCGAUUCCUUGCGUCCUCUUGGCUAACAAGUGCGACCAACAGAAAGAAGGCCUGGUGAACUCGCCCGCAAAAAUGGACGAAUACUGCAAGGAGAAAAACUUUGCCGGAUGGUUCGAGACGUCUGCCAAGGAAAACAUCAACAUCGAAGAGGCGGCGCGAUUUCUUGUCAAUAAAAUACUCCAAAACGAUCAGUUGAUGAAGGGAAACGGAUCGCAGGACCAGACAGAUGGGGAAAGAUUCGCGUUGAACCAAUCACCAUCGAGCUCAAAGAAAUCCUGCUCCUGCUGACGAAUCGGUAAACCAUCGAUAGCAGGAUCGAUCGGUCCGUUAUCGUCCUUUCGUUGCCGUAUUGCCGUUCGGUGCCAUGACACGAAAGUCACCUUCCAUUUGGUCCACGUUGGCCGCCAUGUCUCGUCCUCAUGGAGAAACAACAGCAACAACUGCUUAUCGAGCAUACACCGCGAUAACGACUGUUCAUUGUCAAGCAACUAGCGUUUUACGAUCGACUAGCUUCCUGAAUGUUCUAUCGACUCCUCGUCGGUCGUAAUUUGUUCUUGUCGAUUGUCGUUCCUAUUCGUCCUUUGUACAUACACGUGCUACCUGGCUCAUACUUGUAAAGUACGGGGUAGCGAUUUGAGAUACUGAAGCUGAGGUAGAAGGGGAGAGAAACUUUUUUGACGAAAAAUUUGUAAAUUGUAAGAUAGAGAGGAAUUAUCUAAUGUAAGGAAAUAUGUUUUGUGUUAAUUUUGUACUAAAGUAGUAGUGUAUGUAUGUCACCGGUAAUCCUCUUUAAGGAUCUAUCGAUCACGUAUCAAUCUAUCUCGAACUCUACUAACGAUCCAUCUAUCGAUCAGUCAUGCUGUCAGUCAUCCAUGUUAACAAUGAUCCACUCUACCAGUCAUGUCGAUAAAUUACGCCGUCAAUAACUUCAUCUACCUAUAAUUAAUGAUCCCAACUCACGCUAUACACACAAAUAGUAAAUUAAAAAGAAUUGAAAUAUACAAAUUGUGAAUCUAUCUUACUUCAGCGAUCUCAAAUGAAUCUUUCCCCCGGACAUUUUGUACUUAUCACUUCCGGAAACGAUGGAACGAUAACGAAUGGGAAGAACAAAUGACGAGGAAUAAGUACACGAAGAUUUGAACGAUAGUCGAUCGAAUUUAACCAUCGUUCAAGACUUUUUGCCUUCGUUGAGAUUAUCACGACAGAUUCGAAUGAUCCUUUGAUGCCAGAAACGACACAUUCCAGAAGUUGUUACGUUUUGCUAUUUCUCUGCAGUAUUUCACGCGAAACUGAGCUUCCAAUGCAAACGGCAUAGCUGCAUUCUUGCCUGGCAGCGAAGAAUUGAGGAGUGGAAAUGAAAGCGGCAACACGGAAAUUCUAUGAAAGAUAUUUUUUUAAUCAAGUAUCGUCGGCAAGAAAAUUCAAAAAAUAUUUCCACCCCUCAAUCAUAUCAAUGACUACGUGGUACGUGCAAUCGAAAAUAUAAAACAGAUUAUUUGAACUUCUUUUUAAGCGCAAUUCGAAUCGAGGAUGGAUCAUAUUUUAACAUUUUAAUAAAAAUUAUAAUGUCGAUUAUAUCAUUAGGUCGUUGCAAACUAAAUGGUUGUUUUCUUUUUAUAUUUUUAAGUAUAUGAUAAGUACACUGUAAUACGCUAACGUAAUAAAAAUCAAUAAUUUUAAUGACGUAAAUUGUGAUAAAAAUAAUUCGUGGUUGCCGUAAAUUGUAAUAAUGGAAAACGAGUAUUACAGUGACGAGUGUCGGUAAAUAUACUCCGCGUGGAAUGUUGUAUGUCACCCAAAUUAUGUUAAUCUCUGUAUAAUUGAAAAUUCGACGAGCAACAGCCUUGUAUCUUUCUUUCACAUUCCACGAUACAAUAGACACGGCUGUAAACUAAUGUUAACUAAUUUUAACCAAGACUACGUAAGAAAAAAGAAAAAAACAGCAAAGAGGUAGCUAACAGGUAUCUGACUAACGAUCGUACCUUUAUUAUUAAUAAGUAUAGUUAUGUAAUCGAGUGUCUGACGAACAGAUCCGUAAAGACUGUUCAAUAAAAAUGGAAAAAAGUGUUUUUUAUACGAAACUAACGCAAUGAUCAAUGUUAAGCAUAUACUUACGAAUAACAACGAACAAAGCUCAACGAUUCACGUCUUUCGUUGAUGUCCAUUUUUACAUCGUGAAUUUUGAACACUUUGCGGUGCCACGUGUUCACAUGUUUUCGAUACGGAAUACUUUUCUUCGUGCGUAUUAUGUAUAUUCUAUUUAUAAAUAUAUACAUAUAAGAAGCAUGUUAUAUAAUAUAAUUUAUAGUAAAUCAAAUUGAGAUUUAAUAUAACGUUCAGUUGUGUCAAGCA